CUCGUCUGUCAAAGGACUCUCGAGUUGUCGGUGUCAAUGUAAAUGCGUAUUGGCAUCAAAUCAAUCCAUGUACGGAAGCGUAAUAAGUUUCCAGUGAUCAUAAGAACUCUUAAGCAAAAGUAGUUCUUAUGGGAUCUCACGCCAACAGCGAAACAAUUUCGGAGGGUAAUAUCUCGAACGCGUUCUCCGCUCUUCAUCUGCUAAGAAGUUAUAAUAGCCUUAUAUCACCAAAUUCAGAGGUGUGCCGCUACGACACUUUUGGCCGAGCAGACUACCCGUCACAAGAAUCAGAGUCGGGGCGCGCCAUGCUGACGGGACCUUUGUCACCAUUAGCCCCCUCGGCAGCGCCGUUCUCCCUUGCGGGUCUUUUGCAACCACCACUUCUCGCUGCCACGGUACCGCCGCUUGUCCCGCCCGUCGGCAUCUCCCAUCCCUUUGCUAACAGCAGCGCAGUGGCUGCCGUGAGCCGAAAUAUUCUUGAAAGCGCUGUAAUAUCGAAUAUGCAUCACUCCCGAAGGCCUCGAAGCGAGAAAAAGCCGAUACCUGAUGAACAAAAGGACGAAAAGUAUUACGAAAGGCGAAAGCGAAACAAUCAAGCUGCUAAGAAAUCACGAGAUGCGCGGAAAAUAAGAGAAGAUCAUAUAGCGCUGAAGGCAACAGUACUGGAGCACGAGAACGCGCUGCUGCGCGCACAAGUGCUGACACUGCGGGAGGAAUGUCAAUCGCUACGCCAGCUGUUGAUCAAGCAGCGGAUGCCGGUGAUGCAGUCGCUAGAUCAGCUGAGCACUGGACCUACCGCCAGCGCCGUGUCAUCGUCGGUUAUGACGUUAACCGCGUCGGCUAACUCGAUUGCCACAGCUUGCCAACUUUGAGACCUUCGCGCGUUUCUUUUUCUAAUUGCAUAACAACAAAGGCUGCUGCUUAAUUCCGCGUUCUUACGAUUGAUCUGUGAUUUAUUUAUACUUAUUUGUUAUCACGAUUCGUUUACAUAGUUUCCAUUGUUGAUAUUGAUGAAUUACUUUGCGCAGAGUGCCUCGAUGUGAUGAUACGCAUAUAUAACAGAUAGUUAAUGAUUUACUUAACACAUUUAAUAAAAACUGUUGAUUGUGUGUCAAUGUGCUACUUUUUGCACCAAUAUAUAACAACCUAAUUGGUAUAAUUGUCAUUUUAUGUUGUGUUUGGUUAUUUAUAAGAUGUAAGAAAUGAUUAUUAUUCAAAUGUAUGCUAUAGUAGC